AGAGUCCGAGCAACUUAGAUGGAGACAGUUUUCAUCUCAAUUCAUUAUAAUACAUCAUGGUUGCAGGUGGAAUGAAGGUGAAGGCCGACAGAGAUGAGUCUUCUCCAUAUGCUGCUAUGCUUGCAGCUCAAGAUGUGUCACAGCGAUGCAAGGAACUUGGAAUUAAUGCUCUUCACAUUAAGCUUCGAGCUACUGGAGGCAACAAAACCAAGACUCCUGGUCCUGGUGCCCAGUCUGCUCUUAGGGCUUUGGCUCGUUCUGGCAUGAAAAUUGGACGUAUAGAGGAUGUUACUCCGAUUCCCACCGAUAGUACUCGCAGAAAGGGUGGUAGAAGAGGAAGGAGGCUGUGAAGACUUCUAUUUCUACAUGUUGCAAGUUGGAGAAUAUAAAAUAUUGUUGUUGAGGAUGGAUGCUCCUUUCAGUAUCUAUUUACAUUUGAUUUCUAAUUA